AACAUAAGCCAAUUUCAGCAAAUAAGCUAUUGUCAAGUAUUUUGUUUUUAAUCUAAUAAUAUCGACGUUGCUUAACGUAAAGAUGAAUUUUUAUUAUUUGGGAAUUUUUAUGGAAGUUGUAUUGAAGAUGAUAUUGCACAUAUCAAAGUAGUACUUAAACAUAAAAAUUUUGGAAGAUGUAUAUAAUUAUUCACUGCUUUGGUUAUUUGAAGGGCAUGAAAUUUUUAGUGAGUUUAAUUUUUGAUGCUGGAAAGAUAUAUUCUUCAUUAAUUAUCGUUAUGUUUUCAACGGCACAAAUAAAUGGAAAAAUCGUUUCAUCUAGUUUAAAUAUAAACUCACGAAAAUCGUAAUGAUAUCGAGAUUUGUAUUUUUUAAUUUUUUUCCUUUAACUUUAAAAAAUAUAAUUAAAUUUAGAAAAAUAACUCUAAAGAAAAUCUAUAGAACAUCUCUCUCGCUCUCUUUCUCUUCGAGAAGUUCUGUAAAAGAAGAUUUGUAGGAUUAGGACGUCUGUUAGACGUCUGUUAAACUUUCACGUCGUUGGGAAGCGAAACCGACUAUAAUUGCGGUCAUUUAAAAUGAAUACUGAAGUUACAUUGUGGUUAUAAAGUUAAUAUUUUAGGUUCUACAUAAUUGAAAUUGAUUUUAAAAAAUGUCGCAUUUUCUUUCCGUAAUAAUUAAAUCAAUCAAUGUAGAUACGAAUCUAACUUUAUCCAACUAACGAUUUUUACGAACCUUCUUGCAAUGUAUGACAUAACGGUAACAUUUUAUUCCUUUUAUCUACUAAUAUUUUAUAUUUUUCUCAUCUGUUGAUAUCUUAUAUUUUAUAUUAUUUUAAGAGACACGAGAUCUCAAUAUUUCACAUUUCUUGUUACUUCAAAAGACGCAUAAAAGUAUCAUAUAUCUUUAAUAAGCUGAAGCUAAUUCUUUGAUUCUGUUGACAGGUGACCUUUAUUAAGGUAGUUAUGUAAAUUUUGAAAGUUGUUUUUUAUCUUGAAAUAAGAGGCAAGUAAUGUAACUGUAUAUGAGAAUUUAUUCUAAAAUCCGAAAUAAUAGAAUGAAAGAAGUUAUGAAUUCUAGACAACAUAGAUAUGAAUAAUGAUACAUACAUAUUUAUAAGUAUAUCUAUAUGCACGAGUUCUUUCUGUUUAUUACAUAAUUAUUUAGUGAAAUUAUAAUCCAUACAGUUUUGCAAAAGAAUAGGCAAUCGCUAAAAAUGUUUUUAAUUAUUAGACAUUUGAUUAAUUUUAAUAUAUUUUAAUAUAUUUUAAAAAUAAUUAUUUAAAAUUUUGUUUUUACAUUUUUUUGACGAAAAUUUAUUUAAUUUUAUUAUUAUUAUUUUAUUUAAAACUCGAGUAGCACCAGAUAUUCAAAAUCUUCGUUUUAUAAUAAUCAAUAUAUAAUGUAAUUAUUUUACAAUCGAGUAACACUGUCGAUAUUACAGAAAUAUAUCAAGUAAGUUCUCAGUUUGCUGAAUGGUUAACAAAGUAUGACCAGAUGGCGGAGUAUACUACUUCCAGCAGUUAGUACGUUAGUAGUCAGCCACAGGGGCUGCAGUAGAUCAUAGUCAGUGCUGCGCAGUUUCGUGCCGUACUAUUGGUGUAAUAAAAAUAUUACAGCUAUUUAAUAGUCCAAAUAUUAAUAGAUCAUAGAGUAUCGAAUGAAGGCCAAAUAUACUCGAUCUUGAAUAUAUCACCAAAAACAGAUAGUUUGUUAGGACAUUACAUAUCUUAUUUAAUAUUAAAAAGGAAUAAGAGUGAAGCAAUUUAAAGUAAUAUAUAACAACUAAGUAGUUCAUUAAUUGUGUUAAUUUUUUUGUACAACAUAUAUAAAAAAUGGGAAAAAUAAAGAGGAUACCGAGACCGUUUAUAAAAAUCAAGCGUCUUUCGAGAAGAAAGAAAAUGAUUCUACUAGCUCGCGAAGCUAAGACGUAUGUACGCUGGAAAUGGGAAUGGGAUAAAAUGCACUCUACUUUGGAAGCUACAAUAAACUUUGGAACGCUGAAAAUUACCGCAGACCCGCAAAUCGAUAUAGAUUAUGUAAGGAGAAUGUCAAUAGUGUCGAUUUACGAUCGUAAUUACAGAAAUCCCACACAAGAAAACAUUUCCGAAGAUUCCGUGCAUAUCAGACCCGACGUAACGCAUAAGUUGGAUAAUUUAAAUGUCGGCGAUGAAAGUGAAGGUAUUUGUAAUGUAAAUACAUCGCAGCAGGAUAUCGAAUCCGAUAUUUUGCAGAGAACUUCUGUCCUGUAUAUAAGAGAUAGCAAUGAGCCAAAUAUAUAUGAUAGAAUAAAAAAUAUUAUUAUGUCAUAGAACGUAAUACAAUGUAAAUGAACCAAGCCUAUUUUAAAGGUGUGUACCUGCGUAUAUUUUAUAAUAUUUAACAUAAUAUUAUGCGAUUAUUUAAUCUUAUAUUAAUUGUGUAGAAUCACAAUGUUUACACUCUUGUAUUAACUGUGCGAAAGUGAAAUUAUAAAUAAUUUUAAAAAUUAUUUAUUAAAUACAUGUUUAAGUUAUAA